GUCUGGGGGAAAGUGAAGUUCAAAGAUGCACACUGCUAACUAAACUAAGCUUAUUCGGGCAUGUUUAUGGGAACACAGACAGAUUUCCUUGCGUUUGAAAGGCGGCGAGUCAAUGAAUAGCUAUUUUUGGGUACAUAUUCUCCGGUAGAGACGUUUGGAGGAGGUGGGACAUAUCUUGAAUGAGUAAAGGUAUCAUGUCUUCUAGAGAGCGACGCUCCGACCUGUACAUAAAGGCUGAACCCAGCAGUCCCGAUGGAGGAGGAGGUGGCGGAGGUGGAGGUGGAGGUGGAGGUGGAGGUGGAGGCGGCGGUGGCGGUGGCGGCGGCGGCGGCGGUGGCGGCGGUGGCGGCGGGAGGACCAGCCCGGGAGGAGUGUCCUCAGACUCCUCUCAGAGUGGAGGAGGGGGAUCCAGAGGAGAAGGUGCUGGCCGCUACUCCCCGCCCCCUUACACGCCUGCAUUACGUUGCCAUUUUAAGGAGGAGGGUGCGGAUGGAACCGAGGAGGGCUCUACCGGUAGCGGAGGAGGCCGCUGCAAGUAUGCGCUAAGCACGCUUCCCAAAAGACUGUGCCUGGUGUGUGGAGAUGUGGCUUCUGGCUACCACUAUGGAGUGGCUUCCUGUGAAGCCUGUAAGGCUUUCUUCAAAAGAACCAUACAGGGUAAUAUUGAGUACAGUUGUCCUGCCUCCAAUGAAUGUGAGAUCACCAAGCGCCGCAGGAAGGCCUGUCAGGCGUGUCGCUUCACCAAGUGCCUCAAAGUAGGCAUGCUCAAAGAAGGUGUCCGCCUGGACCGAGUCAGAGGUGGACGGCAGAAAUAUAAGAGACGCCCGGAGAUGGAGAAUGCUACGUACCAGAGUGCACCGAUACCUUUAAGGAAGGAGGGAGAGAAGGGCUCAUCCAGCAUCAUUGUGUCUCAUCUGCUGGUGGCGGAGCCAGAAAAGCUGUUUGCUAUGCCAGACCCCCUGCAGCCUGACACGGCCCAGCGCACGCUCACCACUCUCUGCGACCUGGCCGACAGGGAACUAGUUGUCAUCAUCGGCUGGGCCAAGCACAUUCCUGGCUUUCUCUCGCUGUCACUGGCUGACCAGAUGUCCGUUUACAUCUACAUUUAUGCAGAUUUUGAUUCGGUGUACAUCGAGGACAUGGAAGCCGUGCAGAAGUUACGGGACCUGCUGCAUCAGGCUCUGCUGGAGCUGGAGGUCCAGCGACACCCUGACGACCCUCAGCGUGUGGGACGUCUCCUCCUCACCCUGCCCCUCCUCAGGCAGACCGCCGGCCGGGCCCUCACCACCUUCUACAGCAUCAAAACCCGCGGCGGCGUGCCCAUGCACAAACUCUUCCUGGAGAUGCUGGAGGCCAUGAUGGACUCACCCUAGAGAAGAGAUGACGUUGGAUGAA